GAUAAACGUGACACGAACCCGAUUACGGUUACUUUACAUGUUCACUCAUAAAGUAAUGAGGCCGUGCAGACAGCGAACGAUUAGUCAAUCGGACGCCCGCCUUUCACAUACAGCAAGCAUCGAAAAAAUAUUCAAACUAGAUCAGGAUGUCGCAUGAUUCAUAGUAAUGAUCUAAAAUAUCGCAUAAAGAGAUUGGACAUACAGCUGAACUUCAUACCGUAAGCUGAACUUCAUAUCGUAAGUUCCUAUAAUUCGACACAUUAACGAUAGUGUUUUCACUUCAUUGAUAAUAGUGUAAAAGAAGAUAGGACAAAAAGAAGCACCUUGUGGAAUUGUUUUUGAAAUGGAUUCAAUUGAGGUUUUCUAAUAAGAGAUCUAUAUCAUUGUUAAUACUACAGAGGAACUUUGCACAAAAGAGGGAUCUCCGCAGAACUGUUUUUGAAGUAAUUAUCACCGUCGGAAAAUUAUCUAGUUCAGAGCAACGCUAAACAAGAAAGCCCCCACGGAAAAGUAUUCUCAUAACAGAAAAAAAAGCGCUGCUCUUGUAAAGUUUAUAUUAAGUUUGUCAGAUCGUGAUGUGUUUUCAGUUGAGGUGAAUUUGGGGUCGGUCAGUAGUCAAUGCCGUCUGACUUAAUUUUCACACGUAUAUUAAUAGUGCUUUCAUACUGUUUAUAGAGCAGAAUGAGUAAUCCUAUGGAGUUUUAGUGAACAAUCUACCAAAUUCAACUUUAGUUCAUUGUUCAGAUCAUGUAGUAUUCUUAAAGAACACGAAGUCGCCAUAAAAAAGUAGUUUUAUUAAAUAACAUGGUUUGUACAUGAAAUAUAAGUUUAAGUUUACUGCGUCAAAUGGUUUUGUUCAUCUGUUAAAACGCUAACAAAAUUAAUAAGUUUAUCCGUCCGACAUAAAGGAGGAAUCAACAUGGAACCGGAUACACCAAUCGAGGAUCAUCCUCGUAGAAAGAGGAGAGUGACGUUCUCUAUGUCAACCAUCGAAGCCGAUUUGAAAAAGAAAACUUAUAUAGAAGGAAAGGAAUUACGAAACACCGCAAUUAUAUCCGUAUCGUUUAUGGUAGUUUUUACAGCUCAUAUCGCGCUUCAAAACUUACAAUCUAGUCUCCACGAGGAAGGACAAUUGGGCAUCAUUGCUCUGAGUUGCCUGUAUGGUUCUAUUAUAUUUUCUGGAAUCUUGGCACCGACUUUCAUAGGAGCCAUCGGUGCCAAAGGUUGUAUUAUUGCUUCGUGGGUAGGGCAUUUGAUAUAUACUAGUGCUAACUUUUAUCCAACAUGGGGCACGCUUAUCCCCGCGUCCAUACUUCUGGGGAUAUUUUUUGGACCUUUGUGGACCUCUCAGAGUUUGUACAUCUCAGCCUGUGCUUAUUCGUACUCUGGUUCUACCGAUGAAUCUCCGUACUCGGUGCUCAGUCGAUUAAACGGAUUGUUCUUCAUGAUGUACGAAACGACGCAGAUUACGGGCAACCUUAUCUCAUCCUUAGUGCUGCAACACAGCACUUACAACAUGUCUGAUGAAAAUAUAACUAAAUACUGUGGUCCCCAUGAUUGUCCGGGACAUAUUAAUUCCACUAAUAUCGAGGAACCAGAUGAAGAUCUCUUCCAUCUGUUACUGGGUAUUUUUCUGAGUCUUGAAAUGAUCGGACUUUUCAUUACGAUUGUUUUUCUAUCAUCCCUGCCUAAGAGUGACUGGACUUUGUCCAAAUCAGUGAAAGAGUCUCUGGCAUCAUGUUUUGUGACCCUGGUGAAGAGUGAGAUCCUGUUUUUAGUCCCUUUUAUCAUGUUUCAAGCCAUGGAACAGGCGAUUCUAUUGGGAGACUUCACAAAGUCUUAUAUUAGCUGUCCACUUGGUAUCCACAUGGUUGGUUUUGUCAUGGCGUGUUAUGGAGCCGCCACAGCAGUGUUUGCAUUUGUUUUCAGUAGGCUUGCAAAGUAUACCGGACGAUAUCUUCUGUUUUUGAUGGCCUUCUCCACCAAUAUGGCGUUGCUAAUUUUCUUGUAUUUUUGGACGCCGUCAUCAGAUAAUCCUGUGCUGAUAUUUGCUAUACCGACUAUAUGGGGAAUUGCCGAAAGUAUAUGGCAGACGCAGUCCAGUUCCCUGAUAGCUUUGCUGUUCUCUGAUAAGAAAGAACCAGCUUUUGCGAACUAUCACACUUGGAAAGCAGUGGGAUUCACAUUGACUUUUAUAUACGGUAGUUUUCUGUGCGUAUCGGUUAAACUUUUAAUAGCCGCAUCUUUGCUGGGUAUUGGAAUGGUGCUGUAUGUGUAUGUAGAGGUCAGGAUCUAUUUCAAGGAGAAAGCAGCUCUAAGGGGGCCACCAUCUCGUGAUAAUGCAACUGUACAAGAGACAACGUAGCUUCCCAUUUGAUAUAUUGUAAGGGUAUAUUCGGGCGUUUUUUCUACCGAUGUUAACAACUGUAAAGAACACAGAAUUUAACAGGAAAAGCAAAAUGUGUGAUGUGUACCUAUGAUCUAGUGGUAUGAGCAGCAGUGAUAUUAUUCAGUAUUUGAAUCGUAAAAUUUUAAAAUAAAAACUAUCUCGAACUUUAGUCAUAAACGUUCUUCAGAGAUAAAUAAUGUAAUUUAUAUACGACAUAGUACAUUUCGCUAUUUAGACUUCAUGGUUCUUUAAAAAACAAAAAAAAAAAAAAAAAAAAAAAAAAAAAAAAACCCAAUGAUGAAUUCUCAGCAAUUUAACUGUGUACUUGACUUUCUAGUACAGGUAUUGUUCAUGAUCUCUGUAAGACUGAAGUAGUGUAAAGACUAAGAUUUAGAGUUGGUACAAAAACAUUCUACAUGUUUUCGUUGAAUGAUGAUGGUGGGCAUAUCUUCAGUGCUUUAUCUAACUAUGCAGCGUGUAUUAUUUACAUGCAAAAGAACAAUGCUGGGCAUAUGUUCCUUUAUGGCAAUACUAUGCGGGGCAUAUUUAUUAUUUAUUGCAAAACUAUGCGGGACAUAUAUUAUUUAUUGCAAAACUAUGUGAAGCAUGUCCUACUUUAUUUCAAAGCCUAGUUCCGCACGAUUUAUUUUAUUUAAAAAAAAACAACCCAAAAAAACCCCAAAAAACACACACUGGUUGCGUAUGAUUACAAAACUAUAUGGCGAAUAAUAAUACGGUGUAUGGUUGGCUUUAUUUUGAAAUCAUAUUCUGCAUAUUUGGCCUACUAUCAAACUAUACGGUGUAUGAUUAGCUUUCAUGCUGAAAUUAUUGCCGUGUGCGCGCAAAAAGUUGCAAACAUCAAUUGUAUAAAUAUUAUCCUAUGUACAGAUUGCGCUGUGAUUAAUAUGCUGCUAUUAUUCUUAAAAAUGUUUUUUUGUUUUUGUUAUAAAUAACCAACCAUUGCAUUGAUUAAAAUUGAUUUGAUGUUGGAAAAGUGGAUAAUCGAGUGACUACAAACAAAAAGAAUGCAUAAAGUCUUAAUGCGACAGACAAUUGAUAAUUGUUUUCCAUUAAAGGGACAAUAACACUCUCGCUGGCUUGACAGCUCCAGAAAAUAAA